AUUUUGAAAACCGAACCAGACAGGAAGUUAAAUGUUGCUGCUCCCUUUUAGUCACUGGACGAGUGCGUGCUUCGGGUGUUUCGUCAGUACCUUUACUUUGCUGUUUCUGAUCGUGUCGAUGCUUUGUUGUAUUCGUCGUAUUUGUUUACUAACGAGCACGAGUCCCGCGUGGCUGUUCUCUAACUGAUCUGUUACUUUGUUACUUUUUGCUGCGAGUUACUUCCGCAUUUUAACAGGAGUUGGUGGAAGCGCCAGCAGGGGUUUUCUCAGCGCAGCUGUGUGACACACGUCUCCAGACAUGGCGGUGUUCGACAACUGCUCGGUGCUGUUCGAACUCAGAGGUUUGUCGUUCAAGGAGAAGAAGACGGUGAAAUCAGCAGUCACAGAUCACGGAGGCAGCCUUUCGUUUGUGGUCAACAAACAGUGCUCUUUGGUAGUGACAACCGAUGUAUCCAACCUAAGCUCCAACAGGCUGCGUAGCAUUCAGAAACACCACACACCUGUGGUCGGGGUGGAUUACGUGUACAGGUGUGUGGAGAGAGGAGUUCUCCUGCAGGUAGAUGAAUACAAGCUGGACACGUCCUCUGCCUUAUCAGGUCCUCUUCAUCGCUCCUCCUUCAAGGCGGCUCCACUGGCUUCACUCGCACCUCAGCAGAUAGGGUCAAAAGGUCGGGCCCAACCUGUGGAGUGUGUCAGUGGGACUCAGAGGGCAGAGAGUCCUGAGAGGAGUGGGAAUGUGCUGGACAGGUUCAGAAUUUAUAGAGACACUGAUUCGGAUCUUCCAUCAGACCAAAGUGACUUUCAAGUGGCAAAGUAUUCAAUCUUUGAAAAGGUAAACAGCAACAGUUGGUGUGUUCUGGAGCUGCAGAGCUUCAAAGGGAAGGAGGGGCGGCAGUACCGUGUGGUCAGAUACUGGAAGGAUGAUAUACUCUGUGAGAAGAAGGCCGUGAGGGACAAGCUGGUGUUUUUGUCCACCUCAGAGGAAGCUCUGGAGGUGUUCCAGGCCCUGAGAGACAGCCUGGAGGCUUCAGGUCUCCGGAGGCAGAGCAGGUUUCCUCCUUCUGCCUGUGAGAUGGGCUCUGCGCCCCUGCAGCAGCUGCUCCUGGAAGAGAAGCUCAACACAGGAACCUUAUCACAGGAAGUGGGUGUGUUUGUGGAGCUGCUGUGGACCGAGGCGCUGGGCUGCCUCGACAACAUCCUCAGAGUUUCAGUGGACAAGCUCAGCCUGAAUGAUGUGAGCAGGGCAGAGGGCUUGUUGCUUCAGGCUCAGAAGAAGCUGACAGAGGGAAACCACACUGAGCUGAUGAGUCUCCUGGAGGACGUCUACACUCUGCUGCCACACAGACAACCCUCCAUAUUUCCCAGCACCAAGCUCAUCUCUCAGAAACUGGACCUCUGUCAGUUAAUCCGAGAUGUUCUGAAUGCAAGUGAGAUGACUCUGAGGAGCCCCACCCCUUCCACUGUGGGGAAGUAUCGAGCUCUGAGGUGCAGCGUUGAGACAGUUCCCCCCAGUAGCUCCGAGUUUCAGGCUGUGACCGAUCUCCUGCAGGACAGCAGGGUGCAGAUCCAGCAGAUUGUGCGUGUCGGCCGAGGGGUGGAGCUUCAGACCUUUAAGAGCGAGCUGGGGAAUGUUAAGCCACUUCUCCAUUCCUCCAGUCCCAACAACUUUGUGGGAAUCCUGUCUCGUGGCCUGCUGCUGCCCCGUGUGGGAGUCGAGCACCACGGCAUAGAAAGAACCGACGUCGGCAAACUGGGCGGUGGGAUCUACUUUAGUGAUUCCCUGAGCACCAGUCUGAAAUACUCCAAGCCCGGCGUGACGGAUGGCUCCCGAUUGUUGUUGGUGUGUGACGUUGCGUUGGGACGUUGCAGGCAGGUCUACAGGACGGACGUCCUGCUGAAGCAGGCUCCCGACGGAUACGACAGCGUGCGCGGAGUCCGCCGCGCUCCAAACACUCCCUCUGAGUUUGAGGAUGAUGAGUAUGUGGUAUACAGUCCUGAUCAGGUGAAACUCAAGUAUGUGGUUCAGUUCAGCAUCCAAGGAGACCAGCUAAAGGCCUUCACUCCUGCCGUGGACAUGUCACCUGAGCUCUGUCUUCCUCGUUCUGCUGAAGAGCUCAGUUUAGGCGAUGAUAUGUUUGAAAGCAGUAAAAACCCCUUGGAAGAGGUGACCGCCGGACUGUUGGACAGCGCUGGUCAGCAGCUCCCUCUGCAGGCCGUUCAUGUGAAGUGUAAACUGAUGGAUCUGCUUUCACAGGUCAUCAUCUUCCAGAAAUACACAAAUAUGAGCUCAGUGCCCAUUGAGGCAAAGUAUGUUUUCCCUCUAGAUGAUUCAGCUGCAGUGUGUGGGUUUGAAGCUUUCAUCAACGGGAAGCAUGUCGUGGGACAGGUGAAGGAGAAAGAAAAAGCUCGCAAGGAGUACAAACAGGCUAUUGAGAAAGGACAUGGAGCUUAUCUCAUGGACCAGGAUGCACCUGAUGUGUUCACCAUCAGUGUGGGUAACCUGCCCCCUGGUGCAACUGUCCUCAUCAAAGUGACCUUUGUCUCCGAGCUGAUCGUCAGGGACGGCACAAUUCUCUUUUCCCUGCCCGGCAGCGUGGCUCCGUGGCAGGAGAGUGCAGCCCUCAACCAGACCACACAGGUCCGUGUGGAGAAGGUGUGUGUAACUGAUGAAGCUGCGAGUGUGAGAGAGUUCACCUUGGACCUGUCAGCUGAAAUGCCCUAUGAGAUCUCCAGCCUGCAAUGUAUCACUCACCAAAUCAAGAUGAAGAAAACCGACUGUAAGGCAGUGGUGAGCGUGCUGCCAGGACAGAUCAUGGGUCCAGAUGGAUUCCAGCUGUCCAUCAUGCUGUCUGACGUCCACCUGCCCAGGAUGUGGGUGGAGAAACACCCUGACAAGGACAGCCAGGCCUGCAUGUUGGUUUUCUAUCCAGACUUUGAGGUCAGCUCCAGUUCAGACGCAGAUGAAGUCAUCCUGCUGUUGGACACAUCCGAGUCCAUGAAGGGAGAGUCUCUCCGCUCGGCCCGCAGAAUCGCCCUGCAGAUUCUCAAAAGCCUGGAUCGCAGCCAGAGACUCAAUGUCGUUUUGUUUGGAACAGAUCACACAGAAGCUUUCCUAACAGUGACGCCACUUGGUGAAGUUUAUGAAGAAGCCCAGAGAUUCAUCAAGCACUCCGCUCCAUUAGGGGGAGGCACUGAGCUGUGGCGUCCCCUGCGAGCGCUCAGCCUGCUGCCUCCAUCACGCGGCAUCAGGAACCUGCUGCUGCUGUCGGACGGCCACAUCCAGAACACCGAGCUCACCUUGAAGCUGCUCAGAGACUAUGCUCAGCACAGUCGCCUCUUCACCUGUGGCCUCAGCACGAUGGCCAACCAACACAUGCUGAGAGCCCUGGCUCAAGCAGGGGGCGGAGCCUAUGAGUUCUUCGACACAAAAACCAAACACAACUGGGCAGAGAAGGUGGCCUGUCAGCUGAAGCGUAUGGCAUCUCCUGGCUGCAGUUCAGUGUCUGUCAAGUGGCAGCAGUUCAGCCCAACAAGUCCACCUCUGCAGGCUCCCAAGCAGCUGCAUGCUCUGUUCAAUGACUGUCACACUCUGGUUUAUGGCUUUGUGCCACACUGUACUCAGGCGACUCUCCUGGGAAAUCUGAGUGGUCAGGAGCUCAAAACAAUGGUGUCAACCAGCGAGCUGCAGAAAACAAAGGGCACAUUUCUUCACAAGCUCACCGCGAGGGCCGUCAUCAGGGAUUAUGAAGACGGGAACCUGGACACCAGUGAAGCUGAACACGAGGGUAAGAAAGCAGAGUUGAAGUCCUUCAUCAUCGAGUUAAGCAAAGAGUUUUCCAUCCUGUCUCAGUUUACCAGCUUUGUGGCCAUUGAGGAACGGGACUCAGAGCAACCACAGCCUGGUUUUACAGACAUCCCCAAGCUGAUUGCAGAGGAAGAUGUGGACUUCCUUCCCUACAUUAACUGGAUUUCUCCCGAGGAUGAUGAAGACCUAAUAGAGGAAGACUCUUUGGAGGAAGAAGAUUGCUAUGGUUUUGGUUUGUUUGACACUUGUGGUUCAUUCACGCGUCCACACUACUCUCCUCCAGCUCCACCUACUUCUUCUUUUAAGGAGCUUGCUUCAGACGAUGUUCCCCACCUUUCUUUUCUUGGACACUCGGCUCCCCCUCCGCCUCCUCCUUUUAUGAAGCGUGCUUCAGACGAUGUUCCCCACACUUCUUUUUCUAGACCCCCACCUCUGCCUCCUUCUUUUAUGAAUCUUGCUUCAGACAAUGUUCCCCACAUUUCUUUUUAUAGUCCCCCACCUCCACGUUAUUCUUUUAUGAAGCCUGCUUCAGAGGGUGUUUCAGGACAUAUUCCACAAGGACUGUCCAGACCUUCUUCAUUUUGUUGUUACUCUCCUCGUAGUCAAUCCAUAGAUUCAUUUUCAUUUGGCAUUUCAUCAUCAUCAGACAGUCAGGCAGUGAAGGACAUCGAUAUUCAAAUUCGGAGCUGUAGCACUCAGAUUAGCAGGCCAUCACUCCACAUUCAAGGUUACACUUCAGCGAUGAGUAAUCAGGUACAGAGUGCACUUGAUUCUGUGUCUGAUGAGGAAGAACAGAGUUCAUCUGAGUAUGCUGAACGCGUUUCUUACAGGGCCUGUAAAAAGCCUGUAAAAUACAAAGACGGAGCAGCAGCCAGGCGUCCGUCUUUCAGCCCAGAUUCUUGUAGUUCUUUCUUUAAAGUUAACCAACUUCGUGAGACGUCAGCUCCAGCGGAUUUAGAGCACCAAGCAAAACCUCACCUCCAAAUAUAUGGUCGGGUAGGGAAAAGACCCGAGUUUAAGAGUAAAGUCUUUCCUAAGAAGUCCUAUCUCCCGACUGUCCUGGGACAUCAGUCAGCUGUGCUGAAUGCAGCAGAAUCUCCUGAAGCGCUGAAGCUCAAAUGGAUGAAGAUCUUCCAGAUGCAACAUUCAGAAGGGUACUGGGAACUAACCACAGAGCUGGGGGAACUACUUAAUGUCAACGUGGACCUGUUUGCCAACGUGUUCCUGAAGAACAAAGGCAUCCAUUCUCUCGGCGUGACAGCCCACGCAGAUAUCCUGAGGCUGGUGGCGACUCUUCUGGUUCUGCAGCUGAUGAAAGCGAACAAAUUGGAAGAAGGCAAGCUGCUCCGCACCCUGUUCUGUCUGGAAGAAGCUUCUCAGUCCAGGCCUGAACGAUGGGAGCAGGUGAAGAAGGCGGUGGACUGGGUUUGCUGGGCUGACCGACAGUACCCCUGUGUCUAUUGUCGGCUAGAGUUUGGUUUGAGCUGGGAGUCCGCCACCCGUCAGCUACUGGGUUAUGAAAGCCUCCCUCCCUUCUCGCCUCUCUGUGGUCUUGAUCUACAGAGGACAACGGCCCCAGUACUGGUCCAGUGAGAAGAUGCUGUGGACACCGUGUAGCCUUUCAGAGGGGAUUACAGUAGCUUUAGAUAUGCUUGUCGAUGAAUAUGCAUGUAUUCCUGUGCCUUUUAAGAAGAAUUUUGUACUCUGUGUGUUUAUAUAUGUAUGGCUAAUCUCAAAUGUCCUCUGCUGUAAUCUAAUUUCUCAAAUGUUACAAAUACAGGUCAUUUACACGGAGCAUUUACUGUACAUAGAGCAGUUGUUUUGUCAUCUGUGAAGUUUGCCCGAAAAGCAAACUGGUGUUUGAUCCAGGUCAGGUGGUAAAAUGUACUUAAUUUGAGACACAAGUUGUUGUUUUUUUUUUUUUUGCAUAACACAGUAUCCAUUUUUAAAACACUUCAUAGCUGUUGGUGUUGGUGGCACUGGCUGACAGUCAUUCACAGUUGUUGUUUUGUGCAGUGGGAUAAUGGUGGAGGGUAAAUACCUCUGAUGCUGGAGGACCGAUGUUGACUCUCCAGUGAUUGGGUAGCAGAAUGUAGGAGUCUCCCCUGGUUACGGGCAUCAGCCAGAUUUGUGUCCUUUGUGUUUGAUGCACAUUGUAACGUGAUUUUAUAGUCAGUCAGUGACUUGAUACUUAUUUACAUGUAACAAGGGUUGUUGUUAAUAAAUUGCUACUCUAUGA